GUGAUGGUGCUCCCGAGCAGUCAGAUGAGCAGAAUUACAAUUUCUCAGCAGCCAUUCAAUCCCAAAGAGGAUCUACAGAGAGCAGCGGACGCUAAGGACGCAUCCGUUCCUCCAUCCAUUCAUCAAUCCGUUCAGUAAUCGCUCUCCGCUGCCUGGACCUCCCGCGUGCCCCUGUCAGCCUGCGCAGAGGCGCGAGACUACACCACGAGUUUUGUUCGGUCGGCGGUGGCGGCGUGAACAACGGUCGCACGCGCACACCGGUGAGAGGGGGGCAGUUUGGAAGGACGCUGAGCGUGGAGAGAAAAAGAGCCCGUCUGUCAGUGUUAUACCCGGGGUGGAUGUAGAGAGACAGAGGGGGAAACAGGACCACCGCCGGCGCAAAACUCUCCCUGUCCACUUCUGACUAAACGCAUUAUACCGGUGAGUCAACAAACGACUCUUCCUCGACCGCUGAGCUAAAGCCCAGGUCCUCAUCUCUGACUGGAGCAGACAGCAGUACCCCUCAGUGAGGAACACCAUGACCCAGGAGGGGCAGGCUCUGCCCUCUCCCACCCCACCAGAGAACUCAGUGGAGCCCAAUACAUCCAGCACCACCAGUGACCCACACACAGAGACGCUCAACCAGCCAGAGCAGGAGAAUUUGAAGGAGGAAGUAGAAGAGGGGAAACAACAAGAAGAGAUCAGGAAGGGAGAGGAGGAGGCACAGGGGGAGACACACAGGGAAGGGAGGGUGGAAGUAAAGGAUGCAGGAGGAGAGAGUGAGCCUCAAGAAGAGAGGGCAGAUCACAGUGGAGAUGAGGAUCAACAGACAGAUGGAGGGGCAGAGGGAGAGAGGAAAGGUAUGAGAGAGGAAGGAUGUAUAAACAUGGAAAUAAGCUCAUUGGAGGAGGAGACACAUGAGGAGGAGGGGAAGGAAAAUGAAGACAUGCAGCCAUCUACAGAGAAGGAAGCAACUCACCCUCAACAAACUGCACGACUGGCGAAUGGUAUAGGUGGGGACGAAGACAAGGAUGAAGCUGAUGAGGAGGACAGUGGAGGAGAUGAAGGAGGGUCUCAUACACACUUUGACACUUUCAGCUCUAACUUUGAGGCAACUGUAGAGCAGGCCAACACAGAAGUGGAGGAAGAGGAGGAAGAGUUCCAGAAAGAGGGAGAUGGGAGGGAAAACCAGGACAGUUUCAGCUCAACAUUCGAGCAGAUUGUUGAGCAGGUUGCUGCUCAAGAGGAAGACGAGGAGGAAGAGGAGAGGGCGUUGAAGGAGGAGCAGGAGAAGGGUAGGGUGGACAACAAAGAUGGCUUCAGCUCUACAUUUGAGCGCAUUGUGGAAUCUGCCUUGCUGAGGGGUGGGACCUGCUACAGCAGCCUGGACUCUUUGGAUGUGCUGUCACUCACAGAUGAGACGGACAGCUGUGUCAGCUUUGAGGCACCUUUGACGCCACUCAUACAACAGAGGGCUCUGUUACAGGGUCCUGAACCUCUGGAGCUGGAGCUGGCGACAGUUCAGGAGCAAGAAGGGGCUGAGGCUGGACCAGAUGCCCUAGGUGGUGAUCUCAAGACUGGGGAGAGCACACUAUGUGGAGCUGGAGCUGUGGCUGGAGUAGGAGGAAGCCCACUCAGGACCACCAUACCAGGAAGCAGGUCAGAGUUUGUACUGAGCCAGCCUGGACGCUGGGCCAUCCCUAACGGAUACCAUGCAGAGUCCCAGGGACCCAUGGAAGGUUGUGGAGCCAUGAUCAGCUCUGCCAGCGAUGCCAACCUCACAGACGUGCUGUCUGACUCAGAGGAGUCUGAUUUGGGCAGUCUGGAGCGUUUGGAGCGCGGCAGCACCGAGGGCUGCCAAGCUGACUGUGAGGCCGCCAAGAGGCUGGCCAAGCGCCUCUAUCACCUCGAGGGCUUCAAACGCUGUGAUGUGGCCAGACACCUGGGCAAGAAUAACGAGUUCAGCCAGUUGGUGGCGUCAGAGUACCUGAGUUUCUUUGAUUUCUCCGGACUAUCUUUGGAUCGAGCCCUAAGGAACUUCUUAAAGGCUUUUCCACUGAUGGGAGAGACCCAGGAAAGAGAGCGGGUCCUUGUCCAUUUCUCCAGACGCUUCUGCCACUGCAACCCGCAGACACCAACCUCAGAAGAUGGAGCCCACACCUUAACCUGUGCCCUCAUGCUGCUAAACACCGAUCUACAUGGACAUGUGAAUAUUGGGAAGAAGAUGUCUUGCCAACAGUUUAUUAGUAAUCUAGAUGGUCUCAACAAUGGCAAAGACUUUCCCAAAGACUUAUUAAAGGUCUUGUAUAACUCAAUCAAGAAUGAGAAGCUUGAGUGGGCAGUUGAGGAGGAGGAGCUGAGGAAGAGUCUCUCAGAGUUGGUGGAGGAGCAGUGUGAGGGUGGGAGUAAACGUGUUGCUAGGGUAACGGACGGCAGUAACCCUUUUAUCGCCAUUCCCAUCCUCCUCAAUGCCGUCACUUACAAACAUGGUGUGAUGACGCGCAAGAGUCAUGCUGACAUGGACGGCAAACGCACGCCAAGGGGUCGACGUGGUUGGAAGAAGUUCUAUGCUGUUCUGAAGGGGAUGAUCUUGUAUCUCCAAAAGGACGAAUAUAAGCCUGAUGCCGACAUUUCAGAGGUGGACCUGAAGAACGCAGUGCGGAUCCACCACGCUUUAGCCACUCGUGCCACUGACUACAGUAAGAGAGCCAACGUGCUGAAGCUCAAAACCUCAGACUGGAGAGUCUAUCUGCUGCAGGCCCCGAGUGAGGAGGAGAUGAUGUCUUGGAUCUUCCGAAUAAACCUGGUGGCGGCGCUGUUCUCUGCCCCGGCCUUCCCUGCUGCCAUCGGCUCCAUGAAAAAAUUCUGUCGACCCAUCCUGCCAUCCUCAUCCACCAGACUCAACCAGGAGGAGCAGCUGCUGAGUCAUGAGACCAAGCUGAAGCAGAUGAGCCUGGAGCUGGAGGAGCAUCGGAAAUACCCGCCCUCAGCUGACCCAAAAACCCGCGAGUGGGAGGAGUACCGGCUCAAAGAGCACUACCUCACGUACGAGAAGACUCGGUAUGAGACAUACAUCAGCCUGCUGCAGGCCAAAGUCCGUGCCGAGACGGAUGACCUUGAGAAGAUCGAGGCCAGUGUGAUGGGUGGCCUGAUCACGGAGGGUGGCGUGGCCGGCCGCGAGUGCCACCUCCGCAAGACGCAGUCCUCCCCGUCCAUCAGCCAGGCUCACGGUGGGCUGAACGGGAAAACAGCUGAAUGCACUGCCCCAGGACACAGGACCUGAGGGGAGGAGGGAGGACCAGAGACCACAGCCCACAAAACAACAUUCCUCCAGGCCCAACUAGCUUAAUCCUCCACCUCCUUUCUGGGACUUUUGUUAGUGUUUUGUGUUUUGGGCUUCUCCAUUCCUCCUGUUCUACUUACAGUAAGAGCAACAGCAACAGGAGAAAUGUCUGUCAACGUCCUUCUCAGAAUUUAUCAACCCUAGUGAUAAGUUUCUGUCCUUGAGCAAUAGAUGAAAAGGAUGAAGAGCGCUCCAUUGACACCCAAAAUGUGGCGCUACCAAACCUCGAUCAUAACUGUGUGAUCAUAACUGUGAUCACUAUUUAUAACAAUAUCAUCAGUAUUAUUUUGAAAACUUUGAGUGAUGCAGUUGUUUUUACUUGAAAUGAGUUUUUAGUUGUGAGCAGAACUUUGAGUAAUUUAUAAUGUCUCAGUUUAAGGCCAGAAAGAGAACAAAGACAGAGAUACAAACUGGGUCUCCAUAGUCUUCUCUGUCUGGUCCUUGUCAGACAUUUACUGAGAUGGACAUGGUGGAGGUGGUACUACUGUAGCAUUUUGGCCUUCUUUCCACUCAUGUUUACACACUCAGCCACUGACAGGCAUGUGUACGGACCUACAGUAUGAGUGGAGUGCAGUGUGUGAAGAUAAAACACAUCUGUCAUGUAGUAAACAUUCAGAAGGAUAAAGUCCCUGCCAUGUAUAGCAUAUUUAUUUAUUUAUUUAAUUAGCUUUUAUUCGCCCCAGGAACGGUUCACACAGAGCAGACAUGACCUUUUUCAGUAGUUUCCUUCUUGACAUUCAUACAGUUACAUACAUUCACAUGCAUACAGGAGCAGCCAAGUGUUCUCUGAGCUGCUCCAUCAGAGGGACCUGGAGGUUGAGUGCCUUACUCAAGGGCACCUUGACGCUAGUUUUUGAGGGAUUUUUGAGAGAGUUACGCAGUCACUUGUCACAGAGAUCACAAGUUUCUUUCUGUGAUUUUUGAGCUGCCACUACCCCAAAUACUGACAUGUAUUCAAAUAUUCUAUUUGUUUUGAAGAACAGCAGUAUGACUGAAUGAGAGCACUGUACCAUUACUCCUCCUCCUAUGUCAUGACCGAGCGAACUGAGCUAAUAGGGCUGAUAUAUAACAACAGGUGGCAGGAUGUGAGGUGUCUGAAGAUUGAAAUGAAGGGCAGCAUGGGAACGUGUGUGUACUGUGUGUGUGCGCACAUUGGCAUGUUUUUUUAAAUGGUUCUGUUUGCGAUGUUGAACUUGUAACAGGAAAAGGUAAAUAAAACAGGGUCACGUC